AUGGCACCAGCAAAGACCGUCAAGCAAUGGACCGUCAAGGGAAAUGUAAACGGCUUCGACGAGCUCAAGCUGGACACCGCCGCUUUCCCGGAGUGUGGUGAAAAUGAAGUGCUGGUUAAGCUUGGUGCAGCAUCAUUGAAUUAUCGUGAUCUCAUGAUUCCUAAGGCAGGUCUCAGCUUGCAAAAAGUAAUGCAAUAUGAAGAGAAGUUGACUUACAAAAGUGAAGUCGUUGAAGUCGGAUCCAAAGUGACAAAAUGGAAGAAAGGCGAUCAAGUCGUGACACUCUUCAAUCAGGGUCACCAGUAUGGUCCUAUGACUGUUGCUGCCGCUUCAACAGGUCUUGGAGGUGCGCUUGAUGGUACGCUUCGAGAGCACGCCGUGUUCAAUGAGAAUGGUCUUGUCCGCAAGCCAGACAAUCUAAACACAAUUGAGGCCAGUACUCUUUCAUGUGCUGCGCUGACGGCUUGGAAUGCGCUAUACGGCUUGAAACCGUUGAAGCCUGGUCAGACAGUCCUGGUCCUUGGGACCGGAGGGGUGUCCAUUUUCGGUCUUCAGUUUGCCAAAGCAGCCGGCGCAAAGGUCAUUGCAACAACCUCAUCCGAAGCAAAAGCCGAGAAAAUGAGAAAACUAGGAGCAGACCACGUUGUCAACUACAAGACUGAUGCGAACUGGGGAGAAACGGUACGCAAACUUUCCGUGGGUGGUGAAGGUGUCGAUCAUGUCCUUGAGAUUGGAGGGCCUGCUACAUUGAAGGACUCACUCCGAGCCGUCAAGUUUGAAGGUGUAAUUAGCAUUAUUGGACAGGUUGGAUCUUCCAAGCGCGAAGAUGUUCCGCAGAUCAUCGAUGCGUUAUCAAAUGUGUGCAUCUUUAGAGGCGUGUAUGUGGGGUCUAGGGAGCAGAUGGAAGAUAUGGUUCAGGCUAUUGAGAUGAAUAAUAUUCAUCCAGUGGUGGAUGACGAGGUUUUCGACUUUGAAAAGGCUAGGGAAGCAUAUCAAUACCAGUGGGAUCAAAAACAUUUCGGAAACGUUGUCAUCAAGAUCUAG